CGGUCCGAGGGCGCGCGAGGGAGAGGAGAGCGAGCGAGUUGAGGGAUUGACACAAAUGGUCAGGCGGCGGCGGAGGAGGAGGAGGCGGAGGCGCAGGGGGGAGCCGAGGCUGCUGGGCUGCCGAGAGUUGCGCGCUCUACCCGGCCGCCGCCACUAGCGCGGCGCCGCCAGCCGGGAGCCAGCUAGCCGAGGGCCAGGAAGGCGGGACGCGACCCCGGCGCGCCCGAGCCACCCGGGCUCUCCCCGCAGCCCGCGCUUCAUGAAUCGCAAGUUUCCGCGGCGGCGGCGGCUGCGGGACGCGGAGCGGGAGCCGGGGGAGCGGGCCGAGCACUGCUUGGGCUCGACGGAGGGCACCGGCAGGGAGGAGAUCGCCCCGGCCGCAGGGGGAGCAGCCGCCGGCCGCGCCACAGCCAGCCCCAGCCGAGAGGCGCCAAGAAAGGAGCCGAGAAAGUAUGGCUGAGGAGGAGGCGCCUAAGAAGUCCCGGGCCGCCGCCGGCAGCGGCGCAAGCUGGGAACUUUGUGCCGGGGCGCUCCGCACUGGACCGGUGGCGGAGGGGAGCGGGGACGCGGGCAGCUGCCGCCGUACCCUCCCAGUUGACUCCGGACGCUUGGCGCGCGGGCUGCUACUACUGCUUUGGCUGCUGGAGGCUCCGCUGCUACUGGGGGUCCGGGCGCAGGCGGCCGGCCAGGGGCCCGGGCCGGGGCAGCAGCCCCCGCCGCCUCAGCAGCAGCAGAGCGGGCAGCAGUACAAUGGCGAGCGGGGCAUCUCCAUACCGGACCACGGCUACUGCCAGCCCAUCUCCAUCCCGCUGUGCACGGACAUCGCGUACAACCAGACCAUCAUGCCCAACCUGCUGGGCCACACGAACCAGGAGGAUGCGGGCCUCGAGGUGCACCAGUUCUACCCGCUAGUGAAGGUGCAGUGCUCCGCGGAGCUCAAGUUCUUCCUGUGCUCCAUGUACGCGCCCGUGUGCACCGUGCUGGAGCAGGCUCUGCCGCCUUGCCGCUCCCUGUGCGAGCGCGCGCGCCAGGGCUGCGAGGCGCUCAUGAACAAGUUCGGCUUCCAGUGGCCUGACACGCUCAAGUGCGAGAAGUUCCCGGUGCACGGCGCUGGCGAGCUGUGCGUGGGCCAGAACACGUCGGACAAGGGCACCCCGACGCCCUCGCUGCUGCCUGAGUUCUGGACCAGCAACCCACAGCACGGCGGCGGAGGCUUCCGGGGGGGCGGCUUCGCGGGGGGCGCCGGCGCGUCGGAACGAGGCAAGUUCUCGUGCCCGCGCGCCCUCAAGGUGCCCUCCUACCUCAACUACCACUUCCUGGGGGAGAAGGACUGCGGCGCGCCCUGCGAGCCGACCAAGGUGUACGGGCUUAUGUAUUUUGGGCCGGAGGAGCUGCGCUUCUCGCGCACCUGGAUCGGCAUCUGGUCAGUGCUGUGCUGCGCCUCCACGCUCUUCACGGUGCUCACGUACUUGGUGGACAUGCGGCGGUUCAGCUACCCGGAGCGGCCCAUCAUCUUCCUGUCGGGCUGCUACACGGCAGUGGCCGUGGCCUACAUCGCCGGCUUCCUGCUGGAGGACCGGGUGGUGUGUAACGACAAAUUCGCGGAGGACGGGGCGCGCACGGUGGCGCAGGGCACCAAGAAGGAGGGCUGCACCAUCCUCUUCAUGAUGCUCUACUUCUUCAGCAUGGCCAGCUCCAUCUGGUGGGUGAUCCUGUCGCUCACCUGGUUCCUGGCGGCCGGCAUGAAGUGGGGCCACGAGGCCAUCGAGGCCAACUCGCAGUACUUCCACCUGGCCGCCUGGGCCGUGCCGGCCAUCAAGACCAUCACCAUCCUGGCGCUGGGCCAGGUGGACGGCGAUGUGCUGAGCGGGGUGUGCUUCGUGGGGCUCAACAACGUGGACGCACUGCGCGGCUUCGUGCUGGCGCCACUCUUCGUGUACCUGUUCAUCGGCACGUCCUUCCUACUGGCCGGCUUCGUGUCCCUCUUCCGCAUUCGCACUAUCAUGAAGCACGACGGCACCAAGACCGAGAAGCUGGAGAAGCUCAUGGUGCGCAUCGGCGUCUUCAGCGUGCUCUACACGGUGCCAGCCACUAUCGUCAUUGCCUGCUACUUCUACGAGCAGGCCUUCCGGGACCAGUGGGAGCGCAGCUGGGUGGCCCAGAGCUGCAAGAGCUAUGCUAUCCCCUGCCCCCACCUCCAGGCGGGCGGCGCCCCGCCGCACCCGCCCAUGAGCCCUGACUUCACAGUCUUCAUGAUCAAGUAUCUUAUGACGCUGAUCGUGGGCAUCACGUCAGGCUUCUGGAUCUGGUCCGGCAAGACCCUCAACUCCUGGAGGAAGUUCUACACUAGGCUCACCAAUAGCAAACAGGGGGAGACCACCGUCUGAGACCGGGGACUCAGCCCAUUCCCAGCCCUCGGCCUGGUCCCAGCCACCCCAAAAAGCUGGCCCUGUGGAAUCCUUGCCAAGUCUGGCUACUCGAGCCUUUCUCACUAGCCAUUCACUUUCUAGGGCUCCUUUUAACAACAAGGCUCCUGCAAAAGCUUCUGUCGCUGGGGGCAAAGGGACUCGAGGGCCCAACUGCCAGAGGGGGAUGGACAGACCUCUCUUGCUCUGGUACCAGGACUGUACGCUUUUAUGAUUGUAAAUAGCCUGUGUAAGAUUUUUAGUACCGCAGAGAGAAAACCAGAGCUCACUGCUCGUUGCUUCUGUUGGUGCUGGCGCGCCCCUCCCUUACGCGGGGUGGGGAGCGCUUGGGUUUGCACCGCCCGGAUCACUUUCCUGCUCCUCUGUCUGCUCCCUCCCUCUCCGUCCUUGCUGGGGUCAGGGCUCUUAAGGUACAGAACUCCACAAAGCUUGCAAGUCUGAGAGUGGAACCCCGCCCAUCCCAAGUCAGCCCUUGUCCGGGGCCAGAUUGCAAACGCCUGUCCCUUAGACUAUCCGAAGCUGAAAUUUUCACUGUCCAGAACCUUACCCCUAGCUUCGAGGAGGCCCACGGAUGUGGGCACUAGAAGCUGCAGCCUCCCUCGCUCUGGCCUCAAACGCCCAGACACUCCCUUCUUCCACCUAAGUUGGUUAGAGGGUGAGUGGGAUAACCAAUGCCAAACUUUUUUUAAGUCUAAUUUUUGGUGGAUGAGCUCAUUUCAUUCUCCAGCGUCUAAAACCUGGUAUGGGUUCGCCCAGCGUCAUGGAAAGAUGUGGUUACUGAGAUUUGGGAAGAGGCAUGAAUCUUUGUGUGGGUUGGGAGAGACUGAAGAUGGGAGUUAUAAAAUGUUAAUUCUAAUUGCAUACGGAUGCCUGGCAACCUGCCUCUAGGAUUGAGACAGCCUGCAUAAAGAUUUACCGUUCUGUAAAAUGGAAAUGUCAGGUCACCUGGAAAGCUUUGUAAGGAGCUGAUCUUUGCUUUCCUUAACAGGACAGCAAAACGGUAAACUGAAUAUGAAAACUUGAAGGAGAUUUCAGUGUAAUGGACGUCCUCAAAAUGAAGUGCUACUUUCUUAUUUUCAAUCAAAUAAUAAUUAGACAUAUAUCAGAAACUUUAAAAUGUAAAACUUGUACACUUUCAACAUAUUAUUACCAUUAUUAUUCAACAACACAUUCUGAGGGAGAAACAAUCCACAUCACUAAUAAUAACCUGGUAAGAUUCCAGGAGGUAAAGGAGGUGGAAUAAUUGAUGGGAUUAGCUCCUGAAAUAAACAAAAUAUGGGCAUGCAUGCUAAAGGGAGAAUGUGUGCAGGUCUACUGCACUAAAUCCUGUGUGCUCCUUUUUGGAUUUACAGAAAUGUGUCAAAUGUAAAUCUUUCAAAGCCAUUUAAAAAUAUUCACUUUAGUUCUCUGUGAAAAAGAGGAGAAAAGCAAUCCUCCUGAUUGUAUUGUUUUAAACUUUAAGAGUUUAUCAAAAUGCCAGUACUUAGGACCUAAAUCUAUGUCUGUCAUACCCUAAAAUGACAAUGGUCUCUGAAUUUGGUAUGCAUUUAUUCUGUUCAUUAUCACAAAAUCAUCUAUAUUUAU